UGCACAGAUUUUAUAUUUUAUUUGCUGGACAAUUUUUGUGCAUGAAAUUGUUGGCAUUGAAAACUGCAAACUUUUCGGAGAUAUUUUUCAUACCAUGUAUGUAAAUCAAUCAAUGGAAUACAUCUGUCUUUUUGUUCAACAACAAAAAGUGACUUUUUGACGAAACCUGCAAGCUGAUAUCAACAAAUUUUCUUUGUACAAAUUUUACGAGUUAUAGAAACCACAAAAAAAACCAAGAGAAAGAGAAGAAAGGUGAUCAAGAAAUGACAAUUCAAUACAAGAGUUCUGACACACAACCUAAAUAUAUCUUGCACUUGACUGAUUUGAACUGGCCCAAGUAUGCACCUCUGUCUAUUAGGCAACUGUACCCAGAAAAAAGAUCGGAGCAGAUUCAUUGUGAAUUAGCAGAACUGGGAAACCAAGCAAAUUCAAAUCCACCAGAUCUAGAUGUUGCAUUCGAAGCAAAUUCAGCAACCUCUGAUAGUAUGGAAAGUUUGAGUGUUGUGGAAGAUUCAGGAAACGCAUCAGGUCUUGAGGUUGAAGAACAAGAUGAAGAAAUUCCAUGCCAUAAAGAUGUUGAAAGCGUAGGAAUUGUAAGGCCAAUACCUCAGGACAUUAGUGAAGAAAAAGAAAGCAAUGAAACCUUGGAAGAUAUGGAAACCUUGGCCAACAAUGACAGUGGUAUUUCUGCAGAACCUGACAACUUGCAAGGAGAUACUUUUCCACGAGAGGAAACAGGAAGGGAAGAAAUGAACAGUAGCACUUUAUAAACUGAAACUGUUAAUUGAAUGUGCUACUGUGUACAUAUGGUAGAUAUAAGCAGUUGAACUUACCUAAACCUAAACCAACAAUGGAAAACUACUGGGGGAUUUCCAGUUAAAUGUCUUUUGUUUCAUUGUCACUUUUGAACAAAGAAUAUUUGUUCUAAUAACAACAAUAUAAUUUCUCAUACAUUCAUAAAUCCUAAUGGUAAAGUUCCAUUCAAACAAUUUUUGAAACAUUUCCAAUGAAUUUUAUUAAAACUCUUUGCACUUAAUAUUUUACAAUUUUUACUUUCAUUUUCAUUAAAAAUGAGUUUAUUAUGGUUAUUGAAAGUUUUGAAACCUAUUAAAACAACAUUAUAAUGUUUUAUUGUGUUGAUUGUUAUGAAAUGUUGUACACUCACAGUGUGCUCUAAUAAUGGCUACCCUGUUCUUCAGUGUCAUAUAUACCAAUCUUGAAUUAUUUUGAUGCACAUAAUUUGAAAAAUUUCGUUGUUAUAAAAUGUUGUACACUCACAGUGUACUCUAAUUAUGGGAACUCUAUUCUUCUGUGUCAUAUAUACCAAACUUAACUUAUUUUGGUGCACACUUGGAAAAAUUUCGUUCUUAAUGCAGCAUUUAAUUUUUACUGUACGACUCUUAUUUUUUACCCUUUGUAUGUGCUAAAACUUAACUUCAAAUCGUUCCAUCCAAGUUCAAACUGCAAACUAUCCACUGUAGUUGUACCAUUAGUGCACUAUCUCUGCAUUAUCUAAUAAAUUAUGUAGAAGUGU